CUGCCCUCCCCCUAGAGCCGGCCCUGCUUGUCUCGUCUCUCUGCCUCCUCUUCACUUGACUUGGUUGCUCUUCUCGCUCGCUCGUCCUCAAGCAGCUACGCAACCUACAUCGUUGACACGACGGCACCCAUCCAGGAGCUCAGUAGACAGUCAGUCAGCCAUGGCUGGUUCUUGGAGACGGACGCCGCUGACGGCAGCUGCGGCGGCGCUCCCUUGGCUCCUGCUCGGCUGCGUCUGCGCGCUGGGCUACCCUGAGUCCGACCUGGUGCGGGGGCUGCCGGGGCAGCCGCCGGUGGCGUUCCGGCAGUUCGCCGGGUACGUGGACGUGGACGAGCGCGCCGGGAGGAGCCUCUUCUACUACCUCGCCGAGGCCGACGGCGCCGCCGCCGCGUCCAAGCCUCUCACCCUCUGGCUCAACGGAGGUCCUGGAUGUUCUUCAGUUGGAGGUGGGGCUUUCACAGAGCUAGGCCCAUUUUAUCCAAGAGGGGAUGGUAGAGGCCUUAGAAUAAAUGACAAGUCAUGGAACAAAGUGUCAAACCUUCUUUUUGUGGAAUCUCCUGCUGGUGUCGGAUGGUCCUACUCAAACACAUCAUCAGACUACAAAACAGGAGAUGCACGCACCGCUAGUGACAUGCACAUAUUCCUGCUGAAAUGGUAUGAGAAGUUUCCAGAGUACAAAUCAAGAGAUCUUUUCCUUACUGGAGAGAGUUAUGCAGGGCAUUACAUACCGCAACUGACCAAUGUACUUAUCAGUCAUAACAAGGAAUCAAAGGGUUUCAAAUUCAAUAUCAAAGGAGUUGCUAUUGGAAACCCACUCCUCAAGCUUGACAGGGAUAUCGCCUCAAUCUAUGAGUACUUCUGGUCUCAUGGCAUGAUCUCCGAUGAGGUUGGCUUGGCAAUCACAAAUGCCUGUGAUUUUGAGGACUACACCUUCAGCAGCCCUCACAACGAGAGCCAAUCGUGCAAUGACGCCAUUGCAGAGGCAAACAAAGUGGUUGGGGAUUAUGUCAAUAACUAUGAUGUUCUGCUAGAUGUCUGCUACCCAUCAAUUGUGAUGCAGGAGCUGCGGCUGCGAAAAUAUGUAACUAAAAUCAGCAUGGGCGUUGAUAUCUGCAUGUCCUAUGAGAGAUUCUUCUAUUUUAACCUACCAGAAGUUCAGCAGGCACUCCAUGCCAACAGAACGAGAUUGCCAUACAAAUGGAGUAUGUGCAGCGCGGUGCUGAACUACAGCGAUACUGACGGCAACAUCAACAUUCUGCCGUUGCUGCAGAGGAUCAUUGAGCACAACAUACCAGUUUGGGUAUUCAGUGGUGAUCAGGACUCUGUGGUGCCCCUCCUCGGCUCACGAACCCUAGUGCGUGAACUAGCUCAUGACAUGGGCCUUGACGUCACCGUCCCUUACCGUGCUUGGUUCCACAACGAUCAGGUUGCCGGGUGGGUGACGGAGUACGGGAAGCUGCUGACCUUCGCAACGGUUCGUGGCGCGGCUCACAUGGUGCCGUUUGCGCAGCCGGACCGGGCUCUCGGCCUCUUCCGGUGGUUUGUGGAUGGACAAAGGCUUCCAAACACAACCAAUCCGUCAACUGGAUGAAUAAUUUGUUGAUAUACAUGCAUGAUUGGUUGCUGAUGUCUCGCGCUGACAGUUGGUCCCUGAUCUUGAGAAGGGCCCCAUUUUUCCGGAACCGAGUGAAAGAAAUUAUUCAAAUGUCAGUAGGAAAACAUGUAACUUUUUUCCCUGAUCCUGCUAUGGAUAGCCUUCUAAACUGUCUGUAGUAUUUUCUUCAUUCUGAUAACCAAACAGAGCUCUCCAACCAAAAGAAAAUAUCGAAAUGCUGCCUCUCUUUGUACGCUCGCAGAAACUGUUGAUGAACAUUCUUGGAUGUAA